ACGACCUAUGACAUUCAGUGAUCCAAUGGAUCCAUCAAUACCCAUAUUUCAACAUCAUGAGGAAGAAGAAGCCGGUCCCAGCACAACAAUAAAAGCGGAGGAGGAAGAUGGUCCAUGUUGCUUAGUUUGUGGCCGAGUUGCAAAUACUGGACAUCAUUACGGAGUGACUGCUUGUCUUGGAUGUAAGACAUUCUUCAGAAGAGUCGUACUUCAGAAGAACUCACCCAAAUGCAAAUACAAGAAUCACUGUCGAUUGGAGAAAAGCGUAAACGCGAAGAGGUUAUGCAGAAGCUGCAGAUAUCAAAAAUGUCUGGAAGUUGGAAUGACCGAAGAUGCCCUACAUCCCUGCCGAGAUGUGAUUGGUCGUCGAGUUCGUAACAAUUCAAGUGAUUCUUCACCCAUUUCAAGUCCUCCAUCAAUACCAACACCAUUAUCGAUAUGCAAACUGAUGAAUUUGAGCGAAGGAGACCACAAACUUUUGCAGACAAUCACCGAUAUGGAUACUGACAUACGAACACGUACUGCUCAUAUUCUUGGAGAACCGGCGAACGGAAAUGAACAGAUCCAUUUUUACAGUCCGACCCCAGACUACACAAACGUAAUAGUGAAUCACGGUAUAGGCCCUUCUCUGAAAGUUGAUAUAUUACUACUCCGAGAAUGGGUUGAUCGAAUUCCCGGAUUUCGAGAACUCAGUGAACGCUUUCAGCAACAUUUAAUGCAUCGAUUCUGUUUGAGAUAUACUGUGAUUGAACAUGGCCUCUUUACAGCUCAAAUGCCAUAUCAUAAAAAUGUUUGGUUCCUCUCAGACCGAACAUGCCUUGUCAGUGAAUUCGAGAAUCUUCCACAGGAAAUAAAGAAGCAUCUCACUCCGAAAGUAAUAAACGAGCAACAAUUAUUGGCUUCAUUCACAGAAAUGCUCAUUCACGAAGUAGCUGAUCCUCUAAGAAGAUUGAAACCUGAUUCUGUUGAAGUUGCUACUGUGAAGACGUUAAUGUUGUUGAAACCAACUUGCCUUCGAGAAAUUGAUGGUGACUACCUUUCUACUGAAACUGAUAUCAAAUCUGUGAACGAUGUACGAAACCGUGUAAUAAAUGGACUCUACAGCCAUUAUAUAAAAAACGGAAUGGAUCCAGAACAACUUCCAAUCAGAGUUAGUGAGAUUUUAAACCUAACUGGUGGAGUGGAGCAGUGUGCAGCUCGAGCCCUUGAGGAAAUGCACCCUACUCGUGUAUUCAACUUAUCAUCUUUUGAUCCAUACAGUUCUAAUGUUAUUUUUGGUUACUAUAGAGAUGUUUGAAACAUUUUCUUUCUGACAUAUUAUUACGCUAUUCAAUUGUGAUGAUUGUGAUUAUAGAUUUACAAAAAUAAACCUAUUAAUUUCG